CUAUGCGAGCGGGAGCGCUAAAGCGCUGAUGCGAUGAUUGCCGGACUUAUCUGACUCAGUCGCUCAGUCAGCACUCCCUGGGCUGAUCCUCAAGUGCAGUUGCGGUUCGGCAGGAGCUCGAACCAUAAACUUCCAGAACUCGACUGACGUCCGUUAAAUGUCCUAUCUGCAGAAUUGGUUCUCGCUGAGGACUGCGACACCCCCAUCCUUAAGUGGUAAUGGUCAAAAUAAUAAACGAACCGUGCCCGGAUCCUUCACAGAAACCGAGGACGACGUUCCUCCCGCUUUCCCCUCGCUGAACAGCACACAACGCGAUAGUGCACUGAUGCCACCACCCCCCGUUCCUACACGAGCCAAUGCGACUUCCAGUGGGCUGCUAUCCAGUACACGGGUUGCGUCUUCGUCCUUACUAUCUCCGCUGGCCACAACCCAGAAGCCUCCCAAACCUUCCAAGAAGGUGGCACUCGCGCCUGGGUUUGGUCCACUAGAUUGGGCACAGUUGAAGUCUUCUGGAGAAGACCUGCGCGGUGUCGAUACGCUACUACGUGUCCCACCAUCCGUACUUAAAUCGCAUAAUAAGAAGCAAGACGCGUGGACAGCCAUUAACGGGAAGGUGUACAACAUUACACCCUAUUUACCAUAUCACCCCGGUGGUGAAAAGGAGCUUAUGAGGCUGUUCUGUAAGAAUUCCCUUAACUCCACUUGUGUAUGAUCUGAAACUUACCUUGAAUUCGCAC